AUGUCCGAACCAGGCCGCGAGUCUAUUCCAACAAGCGCCGACCCGAAAAGCCGGCGCCCAACAAAGCGUCGCGCCUUGUCGCCGACAUCCGAACAAGCGAAGGCAAUCGAAGCACUCUUUAAGAACCCCCCGAAGAACCCAAUUUUCAGCACCGAAGUCCAGCGUACCGGGCCUUCGAUCGCACCGCCUCCGGAAAUUGUCGCCAACGUCCAGGGUUCCUCGGCUGGUGCAGGCUCCGGCGAGUUCCACGUGUACAAGGCUAGUCGGCGUCGCGAGUAUGAUCGGCUACGCGCGAUGCAGGAGGAGGUGGAUGAGGAGAAGCAGAAUGCGGAGCAUGAGAAGCGUCGGGCGGAGAUGAAGCGACAGGAUGAGGAGAAGACGGCGAAAAAUCGACGUAGGAGACAGAAGAAAAUGGCUGCGCGCUCUGGGAAGAAGGGUGGCGAUGGUGAGAAGCCUACUAGUGGUAUAGCUGGACCUCGGGCUCCUGGUCCCUCGCAGGAUGGUGCCGGUGAUGCUAAGCCGAUUAAGAAUAAGGGACCUGGUCCUUCGGGUGACUAUGCUGUUGAUCCUGAAGGUCAGCAAGUUGAGCCGCAAGGUGUGAUUUUUGCCUCGGACGACUAG